UCCCCAAGGGGUCCCCCUGGUGUCCCUGAGCGUCACCCCGGUAUCCCCAAGGGUCCCCCCGAUGUCCCCAAACGUCCCUCCGGUGUCCCCGAGGGUCCCCUCAGUGUCCCCAAGAGCCCCCCGAUGUCCCCAAGGGCCCUCCCGGUAUCCCCAAAUGUCCCCACGGUGUCCCUGAGGGUCCCUCCGGUGUCCCUAAGGGCCCUCCCGGUGUCCCUAAUGUCCCCACGGUGUCCCCAGGCGUCACCCCGGUAUCCCCGAGGGUCCCCCCGUUGUCCCCAAAUGUCCCCACGGUAUCCCUGAGCGUCCCCCCGAUGUCCCCAAGGGUCCCUCCGGCAUUUCCGAGGGUCCCCCCAGUGUCCCCAAGGGUCGCCCCGGUGUCCCCGAGGGUCCCCGAUGUGACCCCGAGCAUCCCUCUGAUGUCCCCGUGAGCCCCCCGGUGUCCCCAAGGGCCCCCCCGGUGUCCCCGAGGGUUCCCCCAGUGUCCCCAAGAGCCCCCUGGAGUCCCCAAGAGCCCUCCCGGUGUCCCCAAUGUCCCCACGGUGUCCCCAAGUGUCUCCCCAGUAUCCCGGAGCGUCCCUCCGGUAUCCCCAAGGGCUCCCCCAUUGUCCCCGAGGGCCCCCCCGAUGUCCCCAAAUGUCCCUCCGGUGUCCCCAGGUGUCCCCCCCGGUCACCCUCCGUGUCCCCGCAGGCCCGGGCGGCCCCGCGGCGGCGGCGGCGGCGGCGGGGUGGCGGUGGCCGUGCCGUGCGGAUGCGGCGGCGCCGCCGAUGGAGCCCCCGAACGCCUUCCCGCAGCUGCAGCUGUGGUGCCCGCGGCCCUUCGGCACCUUCUCGCAGAACCGGCGCUCCGCCGCCGCCGCCGCCGCUCCCCGCAAACCCCCGGGCUGCCGCCCCCCGUCCGAGAACACCCCCCCGGAACCCCCCGAGCCCGGCCCGGCCCCGCUGGGCGCCGCCGGCGCCGCCAGCACCGAGGACGGGCGGGUGCUGCUGGACACCUGGUACGUCAUCAAGCCGGGCAACACCAAGGAGAAGGUGGCGUUCUUCGUGGCGCACCAGUGCGGCACCGGCGGCGGCACCGGCGGCCGCGCCAGCACCAUGAAGGUCAAGGGCAACUGGGGCAGCGACAGCUCCAAGGCCAAGCGGCGCCGGCGCUGCCACGAACCCAAACCGGCCCCCAGCCCGCCCUGGGCCGCCGGGGACGGCCCCGGGGACCCCCCCCCGAAGGACGCUGCCGGUGACGGCGGCGGGGACGGCGCGGACCUGCUGUCGGUGGCGGAGAUGGUGGCGCUGGUGGAGCGGCGGGCGGCGCUGGCCCUGCAGAGCCUGCCCCGAGCGCCGUGCGCCGCGCCGGCCCCGCUGGUGCUGCUGGAGGCGCCGGGCGGCCCCGAGUGCCGGCGCGUGGCCGCCGCCGUGGCCCAGUUCGAGUCGCAGAGCCGGGAGCGCGGCGGGGCCCGGCCCAACGGCGUGUGCCGGGACGGCGGCGCCGGGACGGAGGGCGGCAGCGGCACCGCCACCGCCGCCGCGGCACCGGGCGAGGUGAGGAUCGCCUUCCGCAUCUCCAGCGGGCGCGAGGCCGCGGCGGCCGCCAGUACCGAGCGGCCCCGGCAGAAGGACCAGAUCACCUGCGACCUGUACCGGCUGGUGAGCCCGGCGCGGCUGCUGCUGGCCGCCGCGGGGGACAAGGACGGCGGCGACGAGGCGGCCGCGGCGGCCGAGCCGAGCGGCACCGGUGGCGUCACCGAGGGCCCGGCGGCACCGCCGCGGGACUGCGCGUCCGGCUUCCACGUGGACGUGGUGGUGACGGGCGUGGUGGACCAGUGCGUGUUCUUCGGCAAGGACAGCGCCAAGCAGGUGACCGAGGAGACGGUGCGGCUGCCCGACGAGCCGCCGCCGCCGGGACAGCUCUUCCUGCUGCCCGAGGAACCGGCGGCGGCCGCGGCGGCGGCGGCGGCGGCGCCGGGCAAGGAGGGCGGCGCGGGAGGCGACCCGGCGCUGUGCCGGCUGUACCGGCACGUGUCUCACGACUUCCUGGAGAUCCGCUUCAAGAUCCAGCGGCUGCUGGAGCCGCGGCAGUACAUGCUGCUGCUGCCCGAGCACGUGAUGGUGAAGAUCUUCAGCUACCUGCCCACGCAGGCGCUGGCCGCCCUCAAGUGCUCCUGCCACUACUUCAAGUCCAUCAUCGAGACGUUCGGCGUGCGGGCGGCCGACUCGCGCUGGACCCGGGACCCGCUGUACCGGGACGACCCCUGCAAGCAGUGCAAGAAGCGCUACGAGCGGGGGGACGUGUCGCUGUGCCGCUGGCACCCCAAGCCCUACCACCACGACCUGCCCUACGGGCGCUCGUACUGGAUGUGCUGCCGCCGCACCGACCGCGAGGCGCCCGGCUGCCGCACCGGGCUGCACGACAACCACUGGGUGCACCCGGCGGGGCGCAGGGAGGAGGGCAGGUGAGGGCGGGGCGGGCGGACGGACGGACGGACAGACGGACGGGCAGGGCCGCCGCGGAUGGAUGGAUGGAUGGACGGACGGACGGGGAAAGAAACCAAAAGGAACGGAAA